UCAUGGUGGUGGAGUUGAUUAUUUGUUGUCCGCGGAAUCUUUUAAUUGCAAUAUGAAGACUCGUGUUGCAGUUAAGGCAUGUAUUGUCUCUGCAUUUUUCAUUCUGGUUGUAUUUAUUAAUACGGCAUUGCAGCAUUCAUUAAAAACUUUUAAGAAGGUGGCAGUAAACGAAGAGCCACAACAGAGUCCAAACUUGAGAAAACUGCUGCAGCAAAACCAGGAACUAGCCGUGGUGCUAGCAGACGACAAAGAUGUUGAUUGUGGUGAUGUUCAUAAACAGCCAGCAAAUGGAACAUGUUCCUUUGUACAGAACACUGAAGAUUGUGCCAUUGAUGAAGGCUUUGUGAACUACUUGGAAGUAGUUUAUUGCAAUUUCUCCCCAUCAUUAGUUCCAUUUGGAGUGAUCUUGUUUUUUUUCUGGUGGUUGUUCCUGUUUAUUGGGCUUGCUGUUACUGCUGAUGAAUUCUUCUGUCCAUCACUAGCUGUAAUAAGCAAGGUGCUAAGACUGAGCCACAACAUAGCAGGUGUGACACUUCUUGCCUUUGGAAAUGGUGCCCCGGAUGUUUUUUCAGCAAUAUCUGCCAUUGGAAAUGCCAAAAAUGGUAAUGCAGGACUGGCCUUUGGAGCCCUGUUAGGUGCAGGGAUGUUUGUGACCACAAUAGUCACUGGUGCUGUAGCUUUUGUUGUCUCAUUCCAUGUGAUGGAGAGACCAUUCUUGAGGGACAUAGGCUUUUAUAUUUUAGCACUGUGGUUCACAUUUUAUAUGCUUUGGGAUAGAAAAAUAGAUUUACUCGAAGCCGUAGCCUACCUGGUUAUAUAUGCUGUAUAUGUGGCAGUGGUAGUUAUUGGCCGUUUCAUUUAUCAAAAACACAGGAAAAGAGAGGGAGACGAUAUAAGGGGAUCCAUUCAGGCAAAAGUUGUAAAUGAGGAGAAUGAAGAUGAAGUUGGUUCAUUUCCCUUUGGGCAGUCCUACGAGGUACCUCCAGUCCAUGGUCACCACACUAGAGAGGGCUUAGCAGUCAGGUCUGAUAAGGCAGUGAAAGACUUUGCACGAGUUGCUGAACACAUAUCAACUGCUGCUGCCCUAGGGCAUCCAGAAAAUGGUACUCUAAGGCCUCAAAUCAGUACAGUGGACAGUGAGAGUGAACUGACCCCCUUGACUGACAUUCGUCAGCCAGCAUCAUCUCAAUUUAUGGAAUUUUUAACAGCUUUAAAUCCAGUUAAUACAGAAGAGUGGCCAGAAAUGAAGUGGUAUGCAAGAGUAUAUGAGAUUUUCAAAAGCCCUCUUGUACUCAUAUUGAAGCUGACUAUUCCUGUAGUUGAUGAAGAACAAAACAAAGCCAACUGGAACAGACCUCUGAACACACUACACUGUAUAACAGCUCCUGUAGCAUGUGCUCUUCUUACAAAUGGUGCUUUUAAAAUGGUUGGCAACAUUCCAGCAGGUGUAUUUGUGCUUAUUCUGGGUCUGCUAUUAGCACUUGCAGUAUCAUGUACAUCACAGAAGGACGAACCACCAAUAUACCAUCCAGCUUUUUCUUUUAUGGGAUUUGUGGUGUCUGUGAUAUGGAUUUAUUCUAUAGCUAAUGAGAUAGUUAAUCUCUUACAGAUGUUUGGUAUUGUCUUCGGGAUAAGUAAUGCAAUUCUAGGACUAACAUUAUUAGCAUGGGGUAACAGUAUAGGAGAUUUGAUUGCUGACACAGUGAUGGCAAGACAGGGGUUUCCUAGGAUGGGGAUUUCAGCAUGCUUUGGAGGACCUCUCUUUAAUUUAUUAUUGGGUGUUGGUAUUCCGUUUACUAUAGGGACAAUAAAACAGGGAGCAAACACAGGGCUAUACCAAAUGACAGUGGUGCUAUCACUGCAAGAAAUUGUACUGGCAGCAUCUCUAUGCUUCAGCUUGCUGUCAUCAUUCAUACUCCUUCCGAUUCUCCGGUUCCGAAUUGGCAAGUGUUAUUCCAUAUAUUUGUGGUCUCUCUAUGUGGCAUUCUUGGUAAUAGCUUUAUUAGUUGAAACUGGGGUAUUGACAGCAGAUGUGAAUGCUUGGGCUAGUCACUGGAAUGAGGUGUGGAGUGAGGGGNAUAGACCUCUGAACACACUACACUGUAUAACAGCUCCUGUAGCAUGUGCUCUUCUUACAAAUGGUGCUUUUAAAAUGGUUGGCAACAUUCCAGCAGGUGUAUUUGUGCUUAUUCUGGGUCUGCUAUUAGCACUUGCAGUAUCAUGUACAUCACAGAAGGAUGAACCACCAAUAUACCAUCCAGCUUUUUCUUUUAUGGGAUUUGUAGUGUCUGUGAUAUGGAUUUAUUCUAUAGCUAAUGAGAUAGUUAAUCUCUUACAGAUGUUUGGUAUUGUCUUCGGGAUAAGUAAUGCAAUUCUAGGACUAACAUUAUUAGCAUGGGGUAACAGCAUAGGAGAUUUGAUUGCUGACACAGUGAUGGCAAGACAGGGGUUUCCUAGGAUGGGGAUUUCAGCAUGCUUUGGAGGACCUCUCUUUAAUUUAUUAUUGGGUGUUGGUAUUCCGUUUACUAUAGGGACAAUAAAACAGGGAGCAAACACAGGGCUAUACCAAAUGACAGUGGUGCUAUCACUGCAAGAAAUUGUACUGGCAGCAUCUCUAUGCUUCAGCUUGCUGUCAUCAUUCAUACUCCUUCCGAUUCUCCGGUUCCGAAUUGGCAAGUGUUAUUCCAUAUAUUUGUGGUCUCUCUAUGUGGCAUUCUUGGUAAUAGCUUUAUUAGUUGAAACUGGGGUAUUGACAGCAGAUGUGAAUGCUUGGGCUAGUCACUAAUGGAGGAGGAUGGAGAUUUUGAUAUAUUUUGCUAAUUCUAUAUCAAUCUGAAACUGUAAGGGAGAUUGAUAUAAGUGAAAUGUUUUUUGUUUGUCUCAAUUGAAAUGUAUGUGAGAUAUUGAAGCAUUCAUUAACAUAUCCCUGGUAGGAAUAAAAAUGUAUUGUGCAAUUGGUAUUUUUUUAUAUUAUGAAGUUGAUAAAUUGUUUGAUAUCAUUAUUAUAAUUAUUAUAUCAUGCUAAUUUAGUGUCACAUUUGUUUGAUGCAGUUUUUGUAAAAGAUGUUAGAUCUUUAUACUGUUGAAAUCCAUGUUAUCACUCAUUGCUCCAUAUGUGACACCACGUGGUUAAUUUAGACCCCAAUCUGUUGAUGGUGUCAAACUCCAUACAGUAAGUGGAUAAAGUUUGUUUUU